AUGGCCGGAGCCGAAGGCCGGCGUAGACGGCCAGCUGUAUCAUGCAUUCUAUGUCGGAGGAGAAAGAUAAGAUGUAACCGCGAGACACCGUGCAGUAACUGCGUACGGUCCAGAAGUGCGACAUGCAUCUAUGAGAAUGUCUCAUCUCCGAAAUACAACAUCGGUCAAUCGCAGCAGAGUUUCUCCAGCCCAAAUCACAAGUCAAGAAAUUCGAUCCCUUUUGAUGGACAGUCUACCGCAAGCGGUUCGACAUUUCCUAGCGAUCAGUCCAGCUCACAGAUUGACGGACCAGUGGGGCAAUCGACAGAUAUAAACCAACUGUCGGUUCGCGGUGAAGAGUCAAUGAGAUUAAAACUUCGAAUCAAAGAACUCGAAGAACAGUUGUCGAAGGCAUCUCUUAAGCCAACUUCGAAACCUGUGGAGACCCCACGUUUGAGCAUUGAAACGCUAGUUUCGCGCCUAGGGGGAACAUAUCAUGUGCAUUGCGAAAAGUUGGCUGGUCAGACCGAGACCAUUGCGCGGGGCAUCACCCAUAAAUCGCGAUUAUUUGGUCAAAGUCACUGGGAAGUCAAUGUUAUCCUCAUGGUCCGCGAUCUUUUCGAAACGAUUGAAAUUCACAUACAAAAAGCAACACUGAAAGCUUGGCCCGGCAUGGAAAUGUGCAAGUCUUUAGCAAGAACCAUCAAAGCCCUACGAGCUCCCCCAUGGCCGUCACCACCUACCUUAGUCCUCCCCCCUAAGGAGACCUCUGACGCCCUACUUGACUGUUAUCUUCAAACAAGUGAAGCGGUUCACCGAAUACUGCAUAUUCCCACUUUUCUAAGGGACUAUGAAGCAUUCUGGGUUUCUGGCACGACGCCUGAUAUGGGCUUUCUAGUCCAGGUCAAACUUGUACUUGCCAUAGGCACCCUUACUUACGACGACCGAUUUUCGCUAAGAACAUCGGCCAUCCGUUGGAUCUAUGAAGCACAAACCUGGCUGUCAGAACCAAAGUUCAAGUCUCGACUGAAUAUCCAGUUCCUGCAGACCUAUCUUCUCUUGCUGAUUGCUCAAGCACAAGUGGGCGCCGGCGGAGACUCGAUGUGGAUUUCGGUUGGGGGACUUUUCAGAAAAGCCGUGCAUAUGGGCCUUCACAGAGACCCAAUUCAUUUACCCAAACGAACCAUAUUUGCGGCUGAAAUGCGUAGAAGACUAUGGAAUACGAUAUUGGAACUCGCGUUACAGUCCAGUCUCUGUUCGGGCGGUCCCCCUUUCAUAUCACUCGACGACUUUGACACAGCACCUCCUGGGAAUUUCGACGAUGACCAACUUGUUGCUGGUGAUCCCAUCGCCAAAGCCGAGGAUCAAUUCACGCAGACUUCCAUUGCAAUAGCACUUCGUAAGACGUUUCCUAUUCGUCUUGCCGUUGUCAGGUUCCUCAAUGACCUUCCUGCUUCUGGCACAUACGAGGAGACUCUCCGGCUCGACGCCCAGUUUCGCACUGCCUAUAAAGAUUUGAGUCGAACUUUACAAGCAUGCAAUAGGUCCUCAUCACAUCAGGCCUCAGCCUCAGCCUCUCUUUCCUCUCUACUAUUCGGCAUACGAGUAGUGGACAUGAUCAUGCUUCGGUACCUAUCAUCUCUCCAUCUCCCAUAUUACGGCGCAGCAAUUCAUCAAGCAACCUACGCCUAUUCGCGCAAAGUCGUGGUUGAUUCUUCGCUCAAAAUUUGGCGUCUAGCAUGUCCAUCACCAUCACCAUCAACCGUGACGACGAUGACAAAACCGCAUCAUGAGAAGGAUGAGUCGCAUAAGUUUAAUGACACUCUGGCGCAGCUCACCAUCACUAGCUCGGGUUUCUACCGCUUGGUAGCCAUCCACGCAGCCUUUCUCAUCUGUGUAGAACUCCGAGCACAAUUACAAGAGGAAGAAAGUCUCGGCCCUGUUUCCGUACGCCCUGAUUUAUUAUGUGUGAUGCAAGAGUCGAAGAUAUGGACACUCAAGUCCAUCGCAGCAGGCGAAACGAAUAUUAAAGGGCUUCUACUCAUGUGCCUAAUGACGGCACAGGUUAAUGGGCUCAUGAACGGUCUGGAAGCAGAUGGUCUUGCUUUGGAAGUGGUGAAGGCUGCUGAAUAUGCUAUUGAGACGUGUUUGCCGAUGUUGGAAGAGAUGGUGGCCGCUCAGAGGCGGGAGAGUGGUGGUACGGCGAGUGGGGAUGAGUUUCAAUGGUUGUCUUCUUUGGGUACGCCUCGUGAGAUGGAGGAUUGGAGUUUCAUGACGCCGGAUGCUCUGUUCAGCUUGGGAGACGAUGAUCCGAUGAGUUGGGUGUUGAAAGAGGGUAUGGAUACGACAGUGCCGUCACUCUGGUAG